UGACAUGUGCGUUGCUCCAGUGCUGUGCCCUGCCGUUGCCGUCGUCGCCGUUGUGGCUAUACGCCGGAGCAGCCUGCCGCGUGCCCGCUGUGCUGACUGCUGCUGCUGUUGCCGCUGCUGUGCCACCGUCGCCGCCGCUGUUACCGCCGUGCUGCCUCGCCGGAGCCGCUGUCGCCGUCGCGAUGCGCCUCGCCGACGAUGCCACCGCCUGCGAGAUGCUAACUAAAUGAUGAUGUUAAGGGAUUCAACGGGUAAGCAUGAGGGAAAGAACACCCUCUGCCGACGACACCCCGAAAAGGGCUCCACCGGCACCCAGCAGAGAGGCAGCUUCGGCGGACGUAGCUGGUAGCGAGACACCGAGCGACGAAACGGUCGAGGGUUGUCACACGGCGAAGUUGUCCGGCAUCCCUUCGGUAUCCGGCUCGACGCCGACGUCGUCGUCGUCCGAUAGGAUGGUAGCGUCGACGCAGAGCUUGGAGGAUCUGGGCGUUAACCAUCCCACCAACGCGGCAGGGAGUAACGCCGAACGUCAGCAGCAACAACAGCAGUUGCAGGAACGCUACGGUCACACCUACAGAUCAUCGGCGCAGACCGCGCAGGACAAGCGAUCGCGGCUGAGUAACGUGAUCAACAAUCUGCGUAAGAAGGUGCCGGAUGGAGCUGCUGGCGAAAACUCGGACUCGCCGAGGAAACAAGAGGACGAUCGGAAUAGCGUCGAGAGAAACCUGGAGACUCUGGAGAAGUACGUGAUGACGGUGCUGAACGGUGUGAUCAAGGACAACGAGGAGGAGGAGGAGGAGGAGGAGGAGGACAAGAACGCAGAGAAGACGAAGGAGCUGGAAAGGCAAGAUGCCGACGAGGAGGAGGAAGAAGAGGGAGAGGAAGAUCCAACGGGCACGGCAGACAAAUCUGAGCCUUCGAGCGAGGGUGAUAUCGAAGCAGCUGUUGUGCCGCGUUUAGAGGAUUCCUCGACUGUCGAAAAUGCCGAAGACAUCGAAUCCUCGGAGACUACAGACUGCUUGAAUAGAAAGGGUACGACGGAAGAGAGUCAGGAUUCAGAGAUCAGAAUUAGUCAAGAUACGAAGGAACCUCCCUCGAGAAUGGAGGAAGAACGUCUGGAUAUUGAGGAGAGGGAAUCAUCCGAAGAAGAUCGAAUCGUUUUGAGGGAGAAGGAGAACCGGACCCUCAGCACGAUUAUAAUGGACAGAUUGAGCGAGCAUCAAGUCGAGGAGAGGGCGAAUGUCGAUGACGGCAGAGGAAAUCGAGCACGUGACGAACACGUAGUCAGCGAGGAAAAUAGCGAGGCACAAGCAAUCUGCGGUGAACUGCUGGACGAUCUGUUGAACGACAUCUAUCGUACGGUUGAGAACCAGCCAAAGCCCGAUGAGUGCGAGAAGUCAAAGCAAACCACCGACGCGACCGAAUCGAGAGUGAAGGAGACCAAAGAUUCAACUAUCAACGUUCAGGAGUUGCCCGUGACGAGCCUGCAUUGCAGUCUACCUUUGGACAAAGUCGCAUCCGUGCUUCAGAACUGUCAGACGAGCGAGUCUGUGAUCUCGCGACUCUCGUCGGGAUCGCUUUCGAAUCCUCCGCAGUCGGCGCAGAAAUCGAAAUCGUCGUCCUCCACACCGCCGGUCAGACUUCUCUGUCUCUACUGCGAUAGGAAGUUUCUGUCCAUGUCCCUGCGGCAACGACACACGGAGAGAGCGCAUCAGCUCGGCGGUGGUAGGAGAUCGGAAAGGAACCUCCGGAAACCUUCCCAGAACUGCCAAUACUGCUCCGAGAAGUGUGCCGACACCCUGGAGGCUCUGUUUCAGCACAUGAUCGGUAGCCACGGGGAUAAAUACCACGCGUGCGUCCAAUGUUCGACGAGAUAUCCCACCCGGGAAGCUCUGAUGGGACACAUAGGCGAGACGCACGGGGGUAACGCCGACAGGAUCGGCCAGGAGAAAAUCAAAGAAGGGUCGCCCACAUGUAAAGAAUUUUGUAGUCAAACUCUACGUGAAAAAGUAAAUAUGUCAUCAGUUAGAGACAGAAGAUCCGAAGAAAAGGAAUCGGAGGAUCAAGGCGACAGUCGACGAUUGGAUAGUAGCCGGACGAAACUUAUCACAGCGCGAGAGCCUAUCGAUAAUCCGGCCAGUCCUGAGUUCGACAGUUCUUUCUACGUCAAUGUGAUCGGCAACAUUCGCGAAAACCUGCUGCACCACCUAGACGGCAAGCUACAGACAGUGAGCGGCCCGUCGUCGUCGACAUGCACGCCACCGAUCGCUACCUCAAGCUCGACAACAGUGGUGUCGAUGAUGGAAUCAAAAUCGCCGCAACAACAACCGCAGCAGUCGUACUAUGAGCACAGUGUCAAUCAGAUUCAAUUUCCCAUUGAUAUCUCGCUGACCGCUGCGACGCCGGUCUACAGCAAGGAUUAUUCGGCCAGCGAGGAGUACGAGAACUCGAGCGAGUACGCCCGGAAGGCCGGCAAAACUAGCAGCGGUUCGCGACCGCGCCGGGUCUCCUUCGAGAAGUACAAUUUCCCGCGUAAGUACGACGGCAAGGAGCAGUGGACGUGCUCGAUCAAGGAUCUUAGCAAAUUCGACAUCUCCACUCAGCUGUCACUCCGAAAGAAGCAACAGCUGAUCAAGGAGCGCCUCACCACCAACAAACUGCAUCAGAUCCCAUUGCUACCCUGCGAGACCACCGAGGUAACUCUUUGCGAUCAGGAACAAAUCAAGUCUGUCAUGGAAACGGCAACGAGUAAUCAGGAUAACAUUGACGCCGGCUGCGUGGUCGAUGCGCGUGCCACGAGUCUUGAUGUCCGCUGCGAUGUUGACGAACCGCUCCUAAACGAGAUCAAGAAGGAAUCGACAAUCGAAAUCAAGAAGGAACCGACAAUCGAAUUGUCCAAGACUUCGAUGUCAUCGUCGUCGUCGUCAAAUUCAACAAUUGUCACGGAAUUUACUACCGAAUAUGCAGACUUUAUGAGACUGAAGAGGCUCGAAAAUGGCAACAACGAGUCCGCUAAUAAUCAGGAGAUUAUUUACGCCGAGCUGAGCGGCGAAUGGUCCCGAUUACGGAUCUACAUCUGCGGCGCUUGCGGUUCCAAACACGUGACGCUCAAAGAGAUGGAGGAUCACAAGGCUUCCAUGCAUCCGCGCGUCCUGUGUUCGCACUUCGAGUUGGCCGGCGAUCAGCGCGAAUACUACAAGCACCUGUAUCUGCCGGGGCGAGACGCACCCACCGACGCGGCACGCGACGCUUGCCUUUCAGAGAUGGUGUGUACCAAGUGUGCUAAAAGCUGUCCGAACGUGGGCGAAUUGCAUCGUCACAUGUUGGAGUGCGGUGGUGAUCAGGCCUGGCUGCUCGGCCUCACUGGCAGCGGCAAAAAGAAGUGCAAGUGGCGGCCGUUCGGCAGCCGCAGCCGUCGGCGGCGUCAGCGUGGCAUGAAGAGAAACAUACAGAACUCGCAGACGCAGCCGCGGGUCAUCAGCAUGGAGCGAUCCAAGGAGAAACAGGCAUCGACCGGCCCUAGAGUCCGCCCGAGCGACCGCGAGAGUAUUCAAAAAAUGCUGGCCAAUCUGCCGGCUAAACGAGCCACGAGGAAGGUUCUGCAGGACAACAUGCUACGAUCACAGAGCCGACUUCGUAAUGUGCAGACUAGAACGAGAGCUCGUAUGAUUGGUGAUAACUCGUCCCGAAUCUCACGGAACAAAGCCGCCUUGAGGAACAAAUUGCUGAAGAACGCCAAGUCGAUUCAGCGGAAUCGCUGCCGAAGCGACAACAUCGCCGCAAUAAUCGAAAGCGUCGUGAGGAAGUGUCACGAAACUGAAAAGAAAUCGGACAACAAAGGUGAUAAAAGCGCCGAAACCGAGAAGGAAGAUAAGAAGGAUGCCAAAGAGACCGAGAACGAAGGUUCGUCGAGGGCAAUCAGCAAGCCUUCGGUACAAAAUGAUAGAACUGUUCGACCGAGAGUUGUUGGACGACCUAAAUUUCUGGGCAAGAGGAGGAACGUGAAAAACCCAAACCUUCAAAGUAAAAGCGGUAACAAGCUGGUGAGAGCGAUAAACAAGUUCACGAAGUUCAAGAAUGGCGCUACAUCCGAGACGAAGGGCGAAGGCGAGGAAACAUCUUCCUCAAAGAAUACACCAAAGAACACAAAGACGACGGUGAGAGCGAUUGAUAAAGACGAUAUCAAUUCCGAUGGCAAGAAAAUAUCGACGAUUUCUGGAGUGAAGAACAAAAACAAAUCAAUACAAGGUAUACUGAAGAGAAAACGUCUCGUGGAUCCGGUAGCAUCGUUAAACGCUUCUAUCAAAGCGAAGUCGCAAUUACGAACGCAGGAUGGCAAGUUUGCUCGCAAUCCGAAUAAGAGCUUGACAGCGAAAUCGUCGGAAAUGAAAAUUGAUGACGGGAAACACAAGGCUGUCGACUCGAUUGAAAUCAAGCCUGAGCCGAAAGCGGCGCAGAAGUUGAAGAAGACUGAGGUUCAGUUACCACGAAGAGUUACCCGAUUAUCGUCAGAUAGCGAUAAAAUGCCGACUUUGGAACCAGUCGUACAGAUCGUUUCUUCUAAUGAAGAAUAUGCCGAUAAAUCAGCGAACGAUCUGCCUAUCUUAUCGCCAGUGACAUCGUCGGGAUCUCAGGAUCAAAAGGCAUCCCGAAUUUCUACCAAGGGAGUUUUGAAGGAGAAAGAAGGUAAUGCUGAUCUCGAAGUCCCUGAAAAGAACAAAAAGGAGCUCAAAUCAACGAGAGGAAGAAAGCCAAAGGAGGUAACAAAGAACACAGUGAAACGAAAGAAGAUUAAUAUAGUUGAAGAAAACAAAAUUUAUAAAAGUAAUGUAACUGUGCUAAAAGAUGAUAAAACGAAGGGUAGAAAGAAUUUAUCGGCUAUUACUAAUAGCAGCGAAAAUAAGGAAGAAACAUCAAAGAAGGAGGUAGUCGCUAAAAAAGAUUCUAAAUUAAAAAAGGAAGAAGUGAUCAAGGAAACUCGAAGUAACUCGAAAACCAGAGCAAACAAAGAUUCCGUGAAGCUAUCAGAUGUUCCGUUUGAGGUGAAGAAACUGUUGCGUCAGGCCAGAGGGUUCGGCAAGAGCUUCUUUAGUGCCAAAGAUCUCCAGAGUACGCUGGAACUCGCGUCUAAUGACUCGAAACGCAGCUUGAGGCAAUUCACGCUAAGAUCAAAAGUAUUGCAAGUGAAUGAUAAUAAGAGUGCGCGAGAACUCGAUGACGAAUUGGACGAAUCGAAAGGCAUGAAUAAGAAAGAGAAGAUUGAGGUGAUUAGAAAGUCGUCUAGGAAAAACAUUGAAAAGAAGAGUGAUGACAAGAUAGCGAAACCGAGUCUCGAGAAAGAUUCGGCUAGCAACGCGACUGCGGCGCAGAACGAAAAAAGUCAUCAGGGUAAAAGAGACAGGACAGCGAAAACGAAGGAAAUUGCGAUUGACAAUCCCGACAUGGAAAGUAAAAUUGAGACAAGACAAACGAGAGGAUCCUUGAGCGACGCCAAGAGCGAGUCUUCCUUGGAAAUUGCAAGCGAUAGCUCCCGGAAAGAAAGCAGCUUUUUGGGAAAACGUCGCAGUCGUAACUGCGAAGUGAAGGAAACCGAAAAGAAAGUUGAGGAGGUAAUCGAUAAAAUAAUAGACGGCGAGAACAAUGAAAAUUCCGAUCGAUUAGAUUUGACAGUAGUGAAUAUCAAUUUGAGCCACUUGCAGUCAGAGACGAGUAACCUCUCCAUUGACAGCGGCAAGGAAAACUCCUUGGAAACUACCGUGAACGUUCACAACAAACUGAAGGUAGGGAGACCUAAGAAAACGUGGGGCGCGCGUCGCGAAAAAUCGUCGAGAAAGAGAUCUCUGAACAACGUUAUCGGUAUCUUGACGGAGGGCAUGAAUAUUCCUGUAGAAGCGCAACAAAAUGUUCAAGUGCUUACAGUUCAGACUAGUCUGGACAAUCCGGAUAGAGUAGUGCGAAACGGAAGCGUGCAACAACCGAACGGUGGCGAGAGCAAUAUGAUCGCGGUAGAUUCGGCAUUCAGCGAGUUAUCGGUCCUCGCCAAAAGCGAAGAGGAGUCCGCGGAAAAUGAAGCCGUUACGGCAACAAGCGCGACUGAUAAAUCUCACGUGGACGAUGAAAAGAAUUCUCGUGAUGAAGCACAGAUCGAAAAUGCCUUUGUCGAUGGAAAAGUUGAGAUCUCGUCUAAAAUCACGACUGCUAAAGCAUGUUCGCCGCCCAACGAUAUCAUUCUCGAUCUGUCCAGACGGAAACCCAAGGGCAAGGGCUCUUUUUUGGAGAAAAUUGUAUCGAAAAUAGCCAAGCAGAAGGACGCUCUGCUGGAAGGUGAAGUAGGUUCUUUGCUCGACACUGCGACCGAUGAGUUGACCAGCAUUCUUGACGAAGUUGGACCCGCCUUAUCUGAUAACGUGGAAAACGUGAAUGAAACAAGUCACGAAACAAAUCACGUUUCAAAGAAUGAUGAUAAAAGUAUAACAGUUACAUCCAUUGAUAAAGAAUUACCGAUGAUUAUCGAGCCUGAAAUCCGAGAAUCAGAAAACGAUAAAACCAGUGUUGAGAGCGCAGUUUCCAAGCGUUCAACAGAUUCUUUAGAAACUUUAGAUAAUUUUCAGGAAAAUUUGGCAAUGAAGAUUGAAAUGCAAAGCAAGAAGCAAACUGAAGUAAAUGAUAUUUUAAAUGUUGAAAUAAAAAAUGACGAUAACGUGGAUAAAAAAGUGAACGAUACGAUGUGUUCUGAAGAAUUGCAUAUUGAGCCUUGCGAGGAUAAGUCGAUAAUGAAUAACGAAGAAAUUUCAAAUGAGAAUCCUGCAUCAAUCGAUGAUUCAAUUUCGUUAAUUAUGACGCAAACGGAAACUGUAGAAAAACUUGAAAAAAGAGGUAGCGUUACGAAAUCUAGGAGAAAAUCCAGGCAAAGAUCGGAGAAUAUAAGCUACUCUAGAAAAAGUAGAAAAAGAUCGUUAAAAAGCGACGCUUGUGUUGAACUAGAUGUUGCGCAAAAAGAACUCCAACAGUUGAACGAUAUCAUCGCGUUUAAGUCCAAAGAGGCUUUCACUGUUGAAAAUGAGUCCUCAAAGAAAGAUAGUGCCAUCAUAGAAACUUCAAAUACAGAUAUCGAAAUCGAAAAGUUGAAGUCCCUUCAACACAGCGAAAAUAAAAUUAUCAAGGACGAUUUGAAGCCAUCGAGUUUAGAAAAGAGCCUCACGAAAGUUAACGACGAAUCGAGUCCACAAAAAAUCACCGAUCUUCCGGAAGCGGCUUGUGAAAAUGCGAAAUUAAUAACGAUCCUUGAAAAACCUUUUGAUAAAAUAAUUGCCGAGGAAGAUGCUGUUAUUACCAAUGUUCAGUCGACAGAAUCGAUUGAGAAAACUGCCGAUUUCUCACUAUUAUCUUCACAAAAAAGCAUUGAAUGUGAAAAAUCUACAGAUAAGACUCAGAAAAAGAAUCAAAUUGAUACGAGCAAGCCUUCUAGACGAACAUCAAAGAGAAAAUUGAAACCUGUUUUACCUGUAACGCCGCCGAUAGACGCUGACAUCCUCCAAACUUCAGCAGAACCGAUGGACGAGACAGAAAAGGUACUAUCUUCACCGUCCAAAAGGAAAGAACAAUCCUCUGAAUCAACUGAUGUUCAACCGAUUGAAACUGGGACCACUAGCGAAGACUCAGACGUUCCUUUAGAAAAAUUCUUACAUUCAGUGGAAACAAUGUCUGAGGAAAAAGAGGCACAAAAUACAGACAAUACAAGUCUCGUCAAUGCGACGCCUUUAAAAACAACGAAGAAACGUGGCGCGAAGAAAAAGUCGUUGGCCGAUGAGCAUCUGGAGUUACCAGAAGACGAGCCUGUCAAAGUUGCUCCAAAACUCAAUGACGAAGCUAGCACCACGGAUUCUAACGAGCGGUUAUCCGACUGCUCGGAACACUUUAAAGUACCGGAAGUAAAGGAUUUUCAGAGCGCGAAGAAACGCAGCCCGAAAAAGAAGUCGCAGCCUGAAGACGGUCGUUGGAACGGUGGAAGUGUUCCUGAAGAUUCUCAGCUGAACGAGGAACUUGCAGAGCCCGGCGAGACAUCCAAUUGGACCGAGGAGAAAAUCGAAGAACAAGAACAAAUAGAAAAACAUGUCAUGGGAGAAGACUCUAGCACGAAGAAGCUUGAGAGAUCAAAUUCUUCAGGUUCGAUUGGGCUCACUCCAACUAAAACGCGAUUUAUGUUGAGAAAAAAGACACAGCUGUCAAGCGAGGAUCUUGCUGAUUCCAGCGUUCGAAGUCAGGAUGCCGAAAGCACGGAUGAUCUGUCCGAGAGCUCGUGUGUCAGCGAGUCCAGUUACUUCAGGAAGAAGCGAUUCGCGAAAAAGAAGAGGAAAGAGGAAACGAUAGUUGAUGAUGACGCGCAAGCUGAUACUUCUGUCGCAGAUUUAACAACUCUGAAAAGCGAUAACGCAAAAAGAAAGACGAGCAAGAUCAAGUCGUUGCUCAACGAACACCUUGAUCUUUCCGAUGCAGAUGAAAUUGACAUUCCGAUGGAUAUCCAAGCUUCAUUAGAAAAUACGGAAGUUUUGGAGAAUAUCGAGCAAGAGUUUCAACUCGCUGAAAAAUCUUUGGAUCUACCAAGUGAAGACGCAGACAAACCAACGGAUGACAUAGAGAACAAAGACUCGUGUACCACCUUAGAACAACCGGCAUCGAAUAAUCACGAGUCUGCGGAUAAUCCAGUUACUCCGAAAAAACGCGCAGCUGGUAACUUCGUAGUGGUACAUACAAAGACCGGUGAGAUCCUAAUCGUAGAAAAGAAGAAAAAGUUGACAAAAGAAGCGGCGAGAUUCUUCUGCGACGUGUGCGCUACCAGCUUCACUCGCAAGAGUUCCCUGAAGAAGCAUACGUUGUCACAGUCCCAUCUAUCGCAGUUAGCAAAAUCCUCCAAGGAUAAAAUCGAAUUUGUUAACAGCAACACAUUCGAGAAUGCUGAGGAGGAGGAUAACGAAUGGAAAAAUACUCAAGAAAAUGAUCAACGGGCAAAGAACGUUUCAGAAGACGCUCAACUUCAUGAAACCGGUCGGAAAUCUUCGGAACCGAACGAGAGCUAUGUUCCUUUCGCAACUAGCACAGAAUCCGAAAAAUCUCUGAUGGAUCUUGGCACUACAAGGCAGACACUAGAAGAUGAACUGCUGGACGAAGAGAUUUGCAAAAUCACUGAGAACAUGAGUCACGACGAGUACGUUUUGACCGAUCAUAUGACGCCAGAGGAGCUGAUUUCGGUGACGCCGAUCAAGCCUGUUCAAAACAAGCAGGAGGAUUUGGGACGAGGCAACAACAGCGACAAAAAGUCGCGGAAUAAAUCGAAGAAGAGGAACCUGGCGGAGGAACAUUUACUUUUGGACUCUCCCGAACUGGAAAAGUCUAAAAUUGAUUCGGAUGAGCUUCCAAAAUCAGCUAAUGACGUAGUGCGAAUUUCCUCGCCAUCUCGUGACUAUACUUCGACAAAAGAAAUAACGGAAACAGUAGAAAAGAUUGAAGAUGUUUCUAAAGAAAGUGUAGAUAUUGCUGAAACGAAGAAUCAGUCGGAAUUAAUUAUUAAAUCCUCGAAUGAAGAAAUAAGUUCGAAAUCUGCAUGUAACAUUGACGCACAAGCUGAACAGCAAACGGAAUCUACGAGGCCUACGAGGAGGGCGCUGAGAAAUCUCUCUAAAGUAGAUAAUGAGGAAAAAGAAGAAAUGUCAUCCGAAACUUUGACCGACACAAAUCGGUUCAGUCUAAGACCUAGAAGGCGUAAAAACAUUCAACAUUAUGAAGAAUCUGAUAUUGAAGAUAUAUAUUUUAUGGAUGCUUCCAUCGAGAUUAAUAGCGACGAGAUAGAAAAUAACCGUGACGAUCAAAAGAGACAGACUGAAGUGGAAGAAGAAACGAAUGGGAAUACAUUGCAGGAAAAAACACACGCUGACACUGAAGAUAAAAGUUUCCAGGAUAUGGAAGUCGUAAAGUCAAAGACGGAUUCGGCAAACAACGGUAAGAAAAGGAAACGCGGCAGACCGAGGCUCAAAGAUGUUUCGAAUUCGAAUGUUGCUCCAGCUCAUACAGAUCCUGAAGUCAGUGGAAGUGAUGCUGUCGCUGCGGGCGAUCUUGACGAAUCAAAACUUAAGGAUCAAAAAUUAGAUUCGUAUACCAAAGAGCGCCUUGACGAGACCGCUAAAGCGUCACAUCUCGAUACAAAUGUUCAGCCUCCCAGACGAAGUAGGGGGAGACCUAGAAAAAAUCCUAUAUUGAUUGUAAACAAUUCUUCAGUACAAGCAGAUAAUUCGAGUGCCUCCGAAUCAAUGAAAUCAAAUCACGAUGAAGUGAAAGAAAAGACAAACGCGAUUGAAUCACGUUCCAAAACGAUUAUCGAAGAACCGAUUACUCCCAUCGAUUCUUUAAUACUGAACGCAGAGUCUUCUUCUGCCGUUCAAGAUUAUACUCCGGAAUCGGGUUUAUCGGAAACAAAGGAAGAUUUAUUAAAUACACAAGACGUUCAAAGCACCGAACUGAAUGUUUUUGAAGAUCGUUCGGUGCACAGAAUUAAAUCUACAGACAUUAAGACAGACGAUACCAUACUCGCAAAAAAUUGCGAGAUUUCGCUUACCUCUAACAUUUCAUCAGAAAAAGUGGAAAUAUCGAUGUCAGAAACGAAUACAAAAUAUGUUGACGAUUCAAAAUGCGUACUAGAAGACAAACACAAUGACGAUAAGAGUAUGAAUGUUUUAUCGAAUUUAACUACCGAAUCUUCAGCUGAACUUCUGCAUAUUGUCGAACAGGUACCGAUAGAUAAUUUGAAAUCAGUUGAAUCAAAAGCAAUCGACAACGAUAAAAGUUUCAAUAUUGAGAAUCUUGCAGACAUCUCAGAAGAGAAACAAACAAAAUCAGGAGAGAAACUCCCCGAAGAAGAAAUUCGCGAAGCAAAGCUUUUGUCAGGAUCGGAAGGUAGCGAGGACGAAGCAUUAGUCCCUGAUGAUAAAUCUGUUCCCACCGCAAGUUCCCAUGAAUCUCAGAAAAUAAUAGAUGAUUUAGAAAAUGAUAGUAUUUGCGACAAAAAGGCUACUCGACUGGAAUUGUCUAGCAAAAAAGUACCCAGAAAGUCAACGAGCAAGGAACGAGAAACUGAUCGCAAGAGAUCGAAAACAUCCAAAGGUAAAAAGAAAAAGAUCAAAGUUGCUGAACUGUCGAGUGACAGCGAGAACGAUGACAAGAUUGAAUCUGCUGCUUCGAGCAAAAGCAAGAUCGUGAAGAGCGUGUUCGGUCGAGUGUUCGGCGGCGAGAAGGUGGACAAGGUGAAAGAAGUGCUGAACGACUGGGUGUCACGGUCGGAAGACGACUCGGAUAUGUCCAGGAGUGCCUCGGAGGCGAGAUCCUCUCUGCGUGGAUCAACCAAAUUCUCCGAGAAUGGACAUAAGAAGGAGAAGAAAUGCAACCUUAGUUCCGAAACAAAGAAAGAUAUCGAGCGAUCACCUAGAAAGAAAGGAAAUAACAAAUACGGCAACGAGGUUCACGAGAAAGCUAAGAAUCGGAAGAAACGAGUGAAGGAUACCGAAUGGAUAUUAGAGAAUAUGGGAUCACCUGUCAAUCCGACCAAGCGAAGACGCAGCAAGAUCAGAGCCAACGAGAGAAUUCGACUGAAAUUGGACUUCGAGAACAAAAUUAAGGAAACGACCGAUCAGGUUGAUAAUGAAUUGAACGAAAAAGAUGAGGAAACUAGGAAGCACCACGAAAAAGAAUUGAAUAAGGAGCGAACAAAGGAUAAGAAUUUGAUCUCCGAUAACUGGGAGAGUCCUCAAGUCGAUCACGACUCUCAUGGAAAAUCAAAAAAUAGUUCUAGUCAUCGUAGAAAGCAAAAUGUUAACGAGCGUUCUUUGUCGCCGUCACAGUCCAAUAUGUUCGAGUACAGGCAAAGGGAGAGCAAGAUCAGAGCCGGCGAGAGAAUUCGACUGGAAUUUGAUUUGAGAGAUUUCGACAAUGAUAUUUCAACGUGUUUUUCCGAUGAUCAGGAUCUUGACGAAACGCAUAGAAUUUCUAAAGAGCAGGAAAACGAAUUUUACGAAUCUGAAGACCUGAAUUGUUCAGAUAAUUCGAAGAGUGUCAAACAAAAAGACGAUGAUUUUUGGAAAAACGCCAGUUCGAUAAAUCAGGAACAAAGUGAAGUGCAUGGUGGACGCGGGAGAUCUCGAAGAAAGGACACAAACAGCCGCAAGAGACAAGAUCUUAACCUGAUUAAAAUAAACAAAACAAAAACGAACAAAAGAAUUUCUACGGACAACGAGCCAUCAAUUCUUUCAAGAGAUCAGGAAACGAAGAACAAAAUGCAAAAUGAUCAAACGAUACAAUCUACAAGCGAAUCGAAGAAUCGAUCAAAAACUUUGAUCAAGGAUAGCGCUUAUGAGUCCUUUGUCUACGACGAUUUGAUUAUUUCGAAGCACAUAAAUAAAGAUAAUUUGCAUCUAGAUCGAUCAACGAGCUCCAAAAAGAACAAAAAAGAAAUCGUCAACGAAAAUUGGAAAUGUUCAGCGAGAAAAUUAGAAUUUGAUCAAGAAGACGAUGAGCCGACUGAGAAGGAAACAGAACGAAAGGACGAGGGGUCCUUGAUAUCAUCGCGAAGCUGCAGCAGUUUAGCGGCCGGAGAACCAAUCGUGACAAAUAAAUUGGCCGAUCUCGAUGGAAAUUCUCAGACGAAUCAAAAGUCCGAUGAUAAUGACGAGGAUGAUGAAGAAGAAGAAGACGACGAUAAUGAUCUCGGACGACAGAGAAUGUCGCCGUUCUAUGCUCGCGAGACUCCUGAUAAUUCGAUAGAAAGCAGUUCUAAUGAGGGGGAGGAGGAAGAAGAUGACGAAGAAGAGGAAGAAGAAGAAGAAUGUGUAACGCAUGAGGAUAAUUCCAGGAAGACAAAUCCUAACGAAUUUUCCGGGGAGAAGAUCAUCAUCAGGUCUCCAUCGUUGGGCCACAGAUCGGAUGUGAUAACAAUCGCGCCCACUGACGCGAUUGAAGACAAUGCUUUGGAUGUGCCGAGGGAGAUUGAGUCGACGACAGAACCGCGUCAAGGCAAAAUCCUUAAUUUCGACGAGGAACUCUUCGUGGAAUGCUGCUCAAGAUUAAAAGCUACGAGUGAAAACGAGUUGAGAGGCGCGAAAAAGAUCAAGCUGGAUCACACGGAGUCAUAUCAUAGACUGGACGAUCAACCCCAAGGAUUCAGGGUUAAUAGAGACCGAUGGAAGGAUGUGGAGAGCCAAAACAGUCUGGGCAGUCUUCUGGAGUCGGUGAAUCAAUUGCUCGGCGAGGAGAUGUACAACAGCCACGAUAGAAGCUAUCGCACGCGCGGUAGUGAACGAUCGAGCAGGUCGGCUAGCCCGGACGCGUCGCGAGUCGACAAUCUCGGUUACGAAGACAGUUUGGACGUAGCUUUCGAGCAUAACAACAAAUUACGAGAUAAGAUUCAGCAGCGCAUGAGGGAGAGCGAGAAUCUGAUAGCCAGCACGUUCGGUCAGAAGAUUAGCGACAACGAUCAUCCUGACGAUGACAAGCGGGACAGCGUUGGAAACUCGUACUCCUCUAGUAUUCACGAGCACGAACAGCUGUCCACGUCGAAUAGGGAGCGGGAGACCUCGCCGGAGCAUAAGAACAAGAUGAACUCGACUCUAGGCGGUCUGCACAAGGCGCUAUCCAACUUGUUGCACAGUAACGGCAAGCAUGAUCAUAACGGUUCUGCUCCGAUGAAGCUGUUGGCGGAAUUGGCCUGCGCCCGAGCUCCAACCUCCACAUCACCGGAGGAUACCACGAACAGCGGCAGGAAUCACCAAUCGGUGAAGAUGGUCGCGGCGGCGGUUGCGGCGGCAGCUGCAGCUGCGGCGGCAGCGGCGGCGGUAGCAGGCAAAGACAUCCCGAUCUCCCCGAAGAGGUCGACGAAGGACACGGCGGUAACGCCAAAGAAUUCACCGGCGAAGAAGACGAGAAACCCCAUUAAGGAGCUGUUCGAGCGCAAAAAGGAGAUAAAUGAUAGAAAGGAGCAGGAACGCUCAAAGACCGCGCUCAUUGAAUUGAACGUGCAGAAGCAGCGCAAGUCGAAGAAGAACAAGAAGCAGCAGCAGCAGUUCCCACUGAUUCGUAAAAGCGAGCACUAUGGCGGUUUAAUGGAGAAGAAGAAACGCCGUGACUUUCUUGACCGGAAAGGGGAGUCGGAGAGGAUAAAGGAUGUGUACGAGUUUGACGAAGAGGAGAGCCAAAUAGCGCCCGCUUUAGGUAGCGUGAUGUCCUAUAGGUGCCAAGUCGACAAGAAUUACGAGACCAAUUGGAAAAUGAAAAAUAUUGACGAGGACUUGGAUGCCGUCUUGGAAAACGGCAAGACGAAUUAUGCAGAUUCCAAAUUGGACGUUAUAAUCAACCGUAAAUUCCAAGACUUAGAGAAAUUUGCACCAAAGACAAAGGGCGCCCUGAAGUUGUUCCAAAGCGAGGAGCAGCAGCAACAACGGGUUGCUGAGUCGAUUACCGGACCAAUGGACGAAUUUGUGGAAAGAAAGCAACAACGCGUGAAACGAUCCAUGGAGCAGAGCAUCAAGCAAUCUAGCAAAAUCAAAAGGCGUGGUAAAAGUUCGAAGAAACGAGUAAGAAAUGCGUGGUACGAGAACGACAGCUCGGACGAAUUCAGAACGGCCGCAAAGACGGAAGACGUCGGCGUCGGCAUUUCAAAGAGUCAACGUUCGUGCUCGAAGGGCAAACAGAACCUCUUUGCAGAGUUGUCGACAUCGUCUGAGAGUGAAUACGAGCGGAACGACGUUGAUUACAUGAUCGCGAACGAGCAACGCUCGUUGAAAUCAAAGAAAAAUUUGAAGAAGACGCUCGACGUGGACAUCGAAGAGACGGAUGAUCGAUGCGUAAUCAACGAACCCGAAUUCGAUAAUGAAGAUCAAAAUGAUUGGGAUCGAGUGAUACGGGAAGACGCUAUAAAGAUCAAUCACGAUGCAAAAUCAGAAUCGGAAAUGUCGGAUCAUUCAUUGGUAAUAGACGAGAGGAAGACUGACGAAAUGAGGAACAGCGAUGACGACGCGGAUAAUCAAUACGAGAGGACGUUUGAGUUGGACGAUUUGUAUAGGGAAGACAGCUCGGACACGGAGACGGAUACCGAGGAGAACGAAGAGCCGACAUCCGAGGAAACGAAGAACAGAACUGGCACGCAGGUGCUAGGUGAAACUGAAACUCUGCAGGCAAAACUCACUUCUACGAAAGACGAUUGUGCAACAGAGAGUGAAUUGAUUUCCUUGGAAGAAGCUUUGGAUUUCCUGGAUCGACAUGAGAAUUUCGAACCGAAAGUUGAGAAUGCUUUACAUGCAAAGAACAAUAUUAUCAAUGGUACUAUAGACGAAGCUUCUAAUGAUGAAAUUAAUGAGGAAGUAGAUAGUAAACAUCUGAGCCCAGCAGAGAUGCAAGAUGAGAAAGAGGAACUAGACGACGAUAUUCCGGCUUUACCCGAGAAAUUAUCCAGCAAUGAGAAACCGCAGAAGGAAUCUGAUCACAAUCUCCCUCUUCAUGUAUUUCUCAGUAGAAAGGUGCAAGAAUCGAAAAAGAGGAAGCAGCAACAAUUAGAUAAAUUACGAGAGGAGCAAGAGAGGAUACUCAUGGACUUUCAGCCAACCAGAAGACAAAGAAAGUGCGCGAUAGGUAAGCAAGGUUUGCUAGCGGAAAUAAGCAGCUCAGACGAGGAAUCGUACGUGAGAGAUAACAACAGGAAAGGUAACGAUGACAAGUCGCGGAAGAAGAGGGAAUCGAAAGAAAAAAGAAAAGAAAGAUACCUUGAGAAGAAGCACGAGCAAAUGAUUGCCAAAGAGCAGAAAGCGAUUGAAGAAGAAAUUCUGCGAGAGGUCGGCAAAAGAAAAGAAAUUCUCUCACAAAGCAUGGACGAUGUCUCAUUGAAUACUGAUACUGUGGAAGUUUCCGGACAGACUCAAAAGAAGAAACAUCAGACGAAAGAGAAGCACAAAAAAAGCAACGAUGAGAGCAUUAAGGAGAACGCAGUGUACAUUGGUCAGUCUUCUAUCGACAGCUCAGAGGAUAAUCAUAACAAUUCAGAUCAUAUUUUCUUCGUAGAGGAUAACACGAAGAAUAACGGUCACUCACCAAGUUCAUUAAGACGAAAGAAAUCGCCUUCAAAAUCGCCAUCGAAGUCAAAGAAAAUUUCCAAACCUGAGAAUGGAAAGAUCCCAACGAGUAAAAAAAGUAAAGAGUCCACCGUGGAGAAAUCCAAGAAAACGUCGGCAAACAACAAGGAUUCCAAGGAGCGUAGAUCGUCCAGUGGAAAGCGCGACUCUGACGACGAAGAACUAAAGACUACCAAGUCAUGGAACAAAGUCGAGGAAGGCGUCGGGGUUGCAAUCGGUCGUCGAAAGCGCACCGCCGCUCUGCAGUUAUACUAUUGGUCCAGUUCGAGCGACGAAGAGGAGGCACCAGAGCCGAUUCCGGCGCCCGAGGAGGAGGAGGAUGAUCGACAAGAGCAGCAUGGAUGGAUAGUAGGCGAUUCCCACAAGCGGAUGAUAACGAUGCUGGCAAUGGAGAAGCAGUUGAAGGAGAAACGUCGCAGGAGCGAGGAUGAGUUCGAGCCUGGCAAGACGAAGAGUAAAAAGCAUCGGAACAGCAGCACCUCUUGAUACGUGUUUCACGAUUAAAACCCGAUCAAAUCCGCGCGAGAUAGACGUGAUGCAAGAUAAAUGAAUGACUACGUCAUCCCGUUGUUCUAGGAACAUAAAUUAUGAAGACGAGAAAAAGUGGAGGUCGCAAGGAUCUCCAUAUUUCUUUUUAAUAAGAAUUGUAUUAUGUUCUUCCACAAUGAUUACUCGUGGCAGAUCUGUCUAGGUAGAUAGAAACAGUGGACAAGUGCGAUUUAUGAUCAGAAGAGUAUUUGUUGUGCUCGAUCUUUUUUCUUUUUCUUUUUCUUCUUUUUGUUAGCAAAUGUUAAGCGAGUGAAAAUGAUUGGAGUAAGCGUGAGGAAGAAAAGAAGAAGAUAUAAAAUGUACAUAGUUGCUUGACGUUAGAGAUUAGGAUUAGAAGAGCAUCCUCCCCCGUUGCAAUCUAAAAAUUAUGCAUGUAUAAAUAUAAAUUGAGCUCUUAUAAAUACCGGAAAAUAUAGACUGAACGUGAAAAGUAGCUGAAAGUGGAAAGAGCACUCUUAGACAAUACUAGGACAUUUGUAACGUUUAGUUGUACGUAGGGAAGUCUACAUGAGAAACGGGUGAGAGGUGAAGAAAAAACGGGAGGAGUCAGUCAUACAACCGCUUAUUUAGGGAAGGACAACGUAAAACCGGGUCCAAUCGAGUUUAGCGCUUCUACCAGCUUUUUUCGUGAUUCGUAAAACAUAUUUCUUCGUAUUCUUGCAUAUUCUUACAUGUUCGUACGUAUUCUUACAUAUCGCAAUCAAUGAAGCAAGAAAAAAAAUGAAACUUCUCGGGUACAACCUUCAAAGACGAAAAUACUCCAUUCGAGGAGUGCUCGCGAACAGAAGAGGCGAAUCUUUCUUGACCUUUUGCACAUUAUUUUUACGGAUUUUCUAGAUCUCAAGCUUGCGUGCGCGGCCGACCGUGAAUUCCACGCGCGUAUCCGCGGAGAAACAAAUGCUUUAUUAACGUAUGAAACGCGAACAUUACUUUUUUUCUCCUUUCGUACUCGCCUCGUGCACAUAGGAUUAAGUAUGUAGAUUUUCAUAUAUUAUGAGAAAAUGUUAUAUAUGUUAUAAGCAAGUGACAAAAAAAA